AUGCGUACAAACACAGGUGUCAAGGUUAUUGUGCCGGUGUUGAACUGGCGGCCAAGGCCCGUCACUUGCAUCGCUUGCUGCAGAGUUCUGAAACAACCCGAAGCCGCCGACGAUAAUGACGACGCGGAUCGAGUGGUGGUGGAGACCCUGGACUGUCAUAGGCAGGACAAUGGCGUCGACUGCGGCGUUGCCGUCAUUGUCGACGUCUGCCACCUCGUCGCCGGCCAGGACAGAUUCGACGUCCCAACAGACUAUAGCCUGUGGCGCCGCAUCAUCGCCGCUCUCAUAGACCCGACCGAGUACGGCGAAAUCGUUGACGAAACGGCCUUUGCCCCCCUGGCCGAGAUCAGGCCCAACGCGCAGCCCCUCGAUGCGCCUCUCGACGUUCUGAACCACCCAAUGUCGCUCGUGGAAUGUAGCCAAUGGUAA